AUGAAUGUGAAAUUGAUUUCAAUCGCCAGCAAGCUGGUUCUGGCCUCCUUCGCAGUCCUCGCCCUCGUGCUUGCUCGCUACGCUGCUGCCAGUCGUCGACCUCGAGGAUUUCCACCCGGGCCAUCGACACUACCAGUAAUCGGCAAUUUGCACCAGUUUCCUCUCAAAAAGCCAUUCAUCAAAUUUCAUGAAUGGAGCAAACAGUACGGCCCUAUAGUGGGUCUCAAGUUGGGCCCUCAAAACGUCGUUGUAUUGAACAACUACAAGGGUGUGAAAGAGCUCUUUGACAAACGCGGAGCUAUCUACUCGAGCCGUCCUGAUAGCUAUGUUGGCAAUGAACUUCUUUGCCCCAACGACACACAUAUUCUCCUGGUUCCCUAUGGCCCAGGCUGGAGGGCGCUUCGCAAGGCAGUCCAAGCGAUGUUGAAUGUGACCGCUGUGGACGGACUCUUACCUGUGCAAGAAGCAGAAGCAUCACAAACAUUGUUUGAACUGAUGAUGACUCCCGAGAAGUGCUUCACGCACAUUCGCCGCUAUUCGACCGCGGUCAUUCUCGCAUCUGUGUUUGGCCAGAGAGGCGCGAGCUACGAGGCACCUAAAGUCAAAGCGCUCUAUCAUGCGCAGGAGCAAUUCACUAAAAUCUUAGCUCCUGGAGCCACACCCCCUGUGGAUCCCUUUCCGUUCCUCAAAUACAUGCCUACGUUCCUGGCACCUUACAAACGCUGGGCGGCAGAGAUUCGACAGGAGCAACGGACGCUCUAUUCCAACUUACUCAACGAGACCGUGACGGGAGCACGAAAACAGGAUAGGAUCCCUUGCUUCAUGGACAAGCUCCUGGAGGGGAAAGAGAAGAGUGGACUCAACGAUGAACAGAUUGUGUACACUGGGGGCAUUCUGGUGUGGUACUCUCUUUGCUUUCUGUUGAAAAUCCUAACUUUUGGUCGCCAGAUGGAAGCGGGAUCAGACACAACCUCCUCCACUCUCCACUCGUUUAUACUUGCUAUGAUCAAGUACCCCGAGGUCUUACAGAGAGCACAGAAAGAGCUAGACGAGGUGUGCGGGUCCUCAAAGUCACCCAGCUCCCAAGAUAUCAAGAACCUUCCAUACAUGCAAGCAAUUAUGACAGAGACGCUGCGAUGGAGGCCAGUAGCACCCGGUGGCGUCCCUCACAUGCUGAUCCAAGACGACACCUAUGACGGCUACUUUCUUCCAAAGGGCACCAUCGUGUUUGCCAACACCUGGUCCAUCCACCAAGACGUAUCAGAGUUCGACAGGCCGGAGGAAUUCAUCCCCGAGCGGUUCCUCGACGACAAGUUCGGCAGCAAGGGCAAUAACCAAAAUUCGCACGACGACGAGAAUCACCGAAGAGUGACCUACAGCUUUGGUGCAGGGAGGCGAGUCUGUCCCGGUCAGCGCCUGGCCGAGAAUUCUCUGAUGAUCAACAUGUCCAAGAUGGCCUGGGCCUUUGGCAUCAGGGCCGACCCGACGGCGCCACCGCUGGACUCGAAUGUUGAGACGGGAUACUCUGACGGCUUCGUGUUCGGGCCCAAUCCAUUCUCGGCCUCGUUCUCGAUCAGGUCCCGUCAGCACGAGGAGACCAUCCGGAGAGAAUACGAGGAGGCAAAGGCAUUUUUCCAAAAGUAUGAAGAUUAG